AUGGGAGCUGCGUCCAAUCUCCUCUUUGUUGAGUCUCCAGCUGGAGUAGGAUGGUCAUAUUCAAAUACAACUUCCGAUUACAAUGCUUGGGAUAUCUCAACAGGGCAUUACAUACCACAGUCGGCUGUUGCUUUACUGGAUCAUAAUGCCAAUUCAAGUGCUUUUAAGUUCAACAUAAAAGGAGUUGCUAUAGGAAAUCCUUUGCUCAAACUUGAUCGAGAUAUUCAGGCUGAAUAUGAGUUCUUAUGGUCACAUGGGAUGAUUUCUGAUGAAAUUGGUCUCACCAUAAUCAAGGAGUGUAACUUCAAUGAUUACAGUUUUGGCAAUCCUGAUAAUAAUUGGAGAUCAAGAUUCUGUAGCUCCACUGCUGGGAGCCUGGGAUCCCGCACGAUGAUUCAUGAACUUGCUCGUGACUUAAAUUUGAAGGUCACUGUUCCUUAUGGAGCCUGGUUUCAUAAAGAGCAGGUAGGAGGUUGGUCAAUUGAGUACGGAAAUUUGUUGACCUUUGCUACAGUAAGGGGUGCUGCACAUAUGGUGCUCUAUUCACAGCCAGCAAGGGCUUUACAUCUCUUCAGCUAUUUUGUUCGUGGACAAAGAUUGCCAAAUGCAACACGCCUGCCCACCGAUCACUAA